UAGAAACAAGUAAUAAAACCAACCAGCACGCACGUUUUACGCGAAGCUGGCAGCAUUAAUCCGUGCCCAGGCUCGUACGCCAGCUGCGCGCAAAGCAAAACAGCUUCCAGACCUGCCAGAGAUUAAACCGUCGCUCACUCUCGGGCGCUCUCCCGCAACCGAGUCUGCCCUUUCCGCCUUCCAUCCCCGCGGUACCGCCUACCCGCACAGCGAGCCCAAAAACCCUGAGCCCCGGAUCAGAUCAUCCCUCCGAUCGCGCUCGCUCCGAACCCGCCGAUCACCAUCAGGCCCCCGCCAGGUGCGCGCGUUCCAUUCCACCGACGGCCAGAGAGAAGCCCACUCGAUCGCUGUCUCUCUAGCACCGCCGCAACGCGGGCGGAGAAGCAAAGCCCACGGAAUUCUCCUCCAACCAUCGCAAGGGCCCGACGGGCGCUCUCUCGCCGGUGUAAUUCCGGUGCUGCCCCAAACCGGUUCCCACGCACUGCGCGCGGGCUCUCGUCUCUCUUUCUCUCUCUGUUGUGGUCUUUGUACCCGAGCCACCAGAGCGAAAAAGAGAGAGAGAGAGGGAGCGAGAAAGCAUGCCGUCUUGCGCGUCUAACUAGAUUCCAGCCGGGGGUAAAAGCCUUCGAAACCGCCGAACAAAACCCCACCGUGUACACCGCCGUGUUCGCGUUUGACCAUCUGUCACUUUUCCGGAGCCCAGAUUCCGGAGCGUACGCGUCCCCGGGAGACUUUUGCAGAGCAGCCUACCAGCGUCACCACCGUGAUUGUCAACAUUCCGGGAUCCCCCUGGUACGGUCCAAACCUUCGCAUCCGUCGUGCGCGAAUACGCGAAGCGUCCGUGCGCAUAUGCGCAGAACACCACCGACCUGUGUGCCGCCCCGCGUGUUGUGCGUUAAGUGCUGCAAACUGUAUGUACCACCACCGCUCCACCCCGAAAAAAAACCUCCCCCGCCCUGUGCGCUCCAUCCAAGCUCGCACGCUCACGCGGUGAACCAUUUGCGCGUGUAUGCGCAAAGCGACAUUUCUCCUAGACCGUUCCAGCGAAGCGGAUGUGUGUGGCGUCGCGGUGUGUCCGUUGUGUUGUGUGUGUUUUUUUGUGUUUUGUGUGUGUCCAGUGCUCGUGAAGUUGUUCCCAUUCUUUUCCACGUGCUCGGCCGCCCUCUUCAACAUCCGAAAACCCUUCCUCUUGGGCGCGCGUCUUCCUUUGCGCCAACCGGAAACAGUGUCACAUUGUUUCAGUGCUGAUUCCGUUCGAUCGGAAUUCAAAUCAAGCACAGAGUCCGACUCUUUGAGUGUCUGUGCGUGUGUCUAUGUGUGCAUGUGUGUGUGUAUAAGUGACCAUCAAGUGGUGUUCCGGUCAGAACGCGGGUUUGCGUGUAAUCUCAGUUCCCAACACAGUCCCUAACACAGAAAGCUGCCCAUCAUACCCCGAAAAAGAUAUCGACCAAAGGUUCCAAGUGCCCGUCUAACGCGUGUCUUAGUGUGUCUGUGUGUCUGUUGUGUCUAUACGGCUAAGGGUGAGCAACAUUCUCGAGCAUUUAUCGCGCCGGUUCCGCCCAAUAGUUCCAGCAACCCGUACACCUUUUCCCAAGAUUCACCUGUCCUGUGCGGUCCGAGCGUUCUUUUUUAAAUUCGUGAGCUUGUGUGUGUGUGUGCCUACAGCACCGAAAGUUCCAACGGGAUUCGGGCAUACGCGGACAACCCCGGGGCAACAACAUCAUGCUGACCCUAUCGCACAGCGGCGAUGAUCUGGCCAAGUCGCUCGGUGCGCUAACGAUCUCGCGCACGCCGCGCGAUCAGUUCUCCGACAAGGCCUCCCAGCACAGUGAUGUCCUUUCUGCGUUCGUUUCGUACGAAUUUGAUACUCAGUACUGCUCCACCGCCAGCUCCAGCAGCACCGAACGAUCGUGGCACAAUGCGCACCAGCGGUUCGUCCACCUCGCGGGUCCCGACCGGGACCGGUGCUGGCCGUAAAAACUCGGCGACAACGAGCCGCACCAUCGCGGAGGAACCCGAACAGCGCCCGCUCAAUGGUGGCCGGCGCAGCAGCAGCCACAGCGUGCAGAGCCGCAGCGGAACGACGACGAACCGCUCGUCGGACCGGUACGGGAAGGAAAAUCCGGCCCCGAUCGUUGUCUAUCUCGAGAAGCAGCCGGGCGGCGAUGGGAAGACCCGUCAGCCGGCCAGCAUCCUGCGCACGCACACGUUCACGCGCCAUGACGAGGAGGAGCCGGAGCGGGUGCGGCACGCGAUCACCCGCAGCGACACGUUCACGAUCAACGAAACGAACGACGAGCCGAUCAACACCGGCACGUACACCCGACCGGGCAAAACGGUCCCGCCACCACCUGCGACGGACGUGUUCGAGCCGCUGUACGCGAAAAACAUUUCCCUCAGCUCGCAGGAAAAACUCCCAACGGUGGUCGAUUCGCGCACCUAUCGGCGCAAAAAGUCGCUCAAAUCCUCCAAACCCGUCCAGAAGGUGGAAAGCUUCAUCAAGCGGUUCGAGCGGACGCUCUUCCACAAGAGCGGCGGCAACGCGGGCGACUCAAAGCGCCAAUCGCGCAAAGGGUCGACCGCGUCGGAGGCGUCGACCCUCGCCGGACCGCGCUUCCGCGACGUCGGCAUCAACUGCAAGCUGGACGAGGAGGAGAAGUUUCGGGCGAAGCUGGAGGCGAUCAAACAAUCGCGGCAAAGUUCGCGCGACUCGCUGGUCGGCCAGCGGGAGCGCAGCUUGUCGCCGAGCAAGACGCGCUACUCUGCUACCACCGGCGGCGGCACGUACGAUCGUCGCUCUUCGCCGUCCCGAUCGGCGGGUGUGAUGGUGCAGCCGCUGAAGGAGGACGAGCACGGCUACGGCAGUGGCAGGGAUAGUGUGACGCCGCCGCUCGUUGGGGCGGGACUUCCGGGCAGCCGAUCGACCCUAUACCAUCGUCCGACGGAGAGUAGCAUCCUGAAGAGCAAGCAGAAGGAAAUAGAGAUGGGUUACAGUGUGGUGCACAAGCGGCUGACGGCCGGGCUUUCCCUGCCCCCACCUACCGAGCAGCGGGGAGCGCCCGAUCGGGGUAAAGCACUGGCGGAAGGAUCGUGGCGAACUGGGCGUGAAUUGGUCGAGCAGGAGCAGGGAGGGCCCAGGGAGCGCCAUAACGCCCGGUACUCCACCUCCCGCCGCGACACGUACCAAACGCUCAAGGACGAGUACGAGGAGCGGCAGCUGCAGCAGGCCCAGUCUGUCACCAAACCGAUCGGCAUUGCUAGUCCACGGAUGAGCGCGGUGCGGCCUACGAACCCGUCCUCCUCCGACGGUGGUCCACCGUCGCCCCUGUUCGCCGUGCGCAGGAAGGAUUCACAGCCCGAGCUGCCGAAGUACACGUUCGGGGCGGAUCUGCAGCAGCGGCGAAGCCGCUUCCAGCAGUUUCAGAAAUCGUUCAAAAAGAUGGACGACAGCGCGUCGGAAGUUUCCGUCCAGCAGAGUUUCUUCGUGCCGAUUUAGAGGGAUUUGAUUGGUUGUGCUUUUACCACCUUCCCGGGGUUUCAUUCCAAUGCCUAAGCGCUUGUUUGCUUUUACUGUGUGUAUGUGUGUGUUUGACUGUGCAGUACAUAACAACUAGGACCUUAAAGGCAGGGUGCAACCAAAAUGCACAAAAGCAUCAUUAUUCACAUGACAAUAAAUCGACAUUUUGCAAAGCAA